AUGAGGUCUCCCCCGCCCGAGGUCCUUGCGACAUGGCCCAAGCCGAACUACGUCGACCCCGUCACGAGGGGCUCAGGCCUGAUGAUUGUCGAGUUGACAUUAUUACCCAUUGCUAUGAUUGUGGUCUUCCUCCGACUAUGGGUACGGAUAGCAUGGCUCAAGAAGAGCUGGUAUGACGACUACCUCAUGAUCGUGGCAAUGGUCUUCAGUAUUGGCACGACAGUAAUCGUCAUCAUGGCAUCCCAACUGUAUGGUUGGGAUCGCCACGUUUGGGACCUCAAGCCGCACGAGCUGAUGGUCGGUAGACAGGCUUCUAUGGCAGGCCAAACGCUAUUCGUCUUGGCCUCUUCCACUGUCAAGAUGUCCAUCCUCAUCUCGUAUUUCCGCAUCGCGCCAGAGAAGUCGCUCUUCCGCAAGCUCGUCUGGGCAACCUUUGCCCUCGUGUUCGCCGCCUUCGUCGUUUUCCUGGUCGCACUCUGGGUACAAUGCAUCCCAAUCUCAAGCUACUGGACACUGCAAGCCGACCACCGCGACUGCAUCCCUGAAGGACCGCCACUGGUCGUGCAAAGUGUUCUCAACGUCGUGACCGACUUCAUGAUCUACGCGCUACCUAUCCCCACGCUCUUCGGCCUCUCGUUACCGACCACCCAACGUAUCGGUCUCGUCAUUCUCUUCUCGGUCGGCGGUGUCAUCGUUGUUGCAAGCAGCUUCCGCGCCUACUGGGUCCACUACACACUCUUCGAAACAUACGAUGCCACGUGGGAGGGAUACCAGAUCUGGGUCUGGACCGCGAUUGAAACAAACGUCGGUGUCAUCUGCGGGUGCAUUCCAGCGCUCAAGCCUUUGCUCUUCCCGCACCGGGCAAGACAGCAAGGGUCCAAGUACGGCAACAACUCGCAAAACAGCAGAAGGAAGGAGAAGAUCACGCCUGUCCUUGACCAAGUCGAGAUGGACACGCGGAAGCUCACGGGCGACGAUGAGACGCGGCCCGGGACCGCCAUCACCCCGGUCCACUUCCGUGCGCCCUCGGAACGGCCGAUGAGUGGCGAUACCGACGAUACCGAUAAGAGCCGGUUCGAUAUCGAUAUAGAGCAGCAAAAAAGCUUCAUGUACUGA